UAAAUCGAGGUGGGCGGACCAGAGACACCGGCGGAUUAAACCUCGAGCAUCCUGUUAUUUUUUAAAGCCGCGCCUCAUAUAGAAACGCUCAGGGAUGGCAGGAAGCCCUGAUCACCAACAAGGGGAUGAAGGCCCUCAGAACACAGUCAUUCGCCUUCAAAGCUACUUACACGGAGGAACCUCCAGCUUGCUGUCAACGGUCCCCACCGUAUUUGUUUUUCCCGUCUACAAGACCAUUUUCCGUCAACAGAUCCACAAUGCCUCAGUGCAGCAGGCGGUGGGACAGCUCUAUAAAGAGGGUCCUCUAAAGCUCUAUAGGGGCAUGGUUCCACCACUCCUGAUGCGGACCCUGAAUGGCACUCUUCUCUUCGGCCUCCAGGACACACUCCUCCGUCAACUUUCCCUGUCAACCACCACCUCGGCCGCUGCCCUACCUGCUCUGGCUGGAUUUGGGGCAGGUAUUGUGGAAGCUGUGGUCUUCACCCCAUUCGAGCGAGUUCAGAAUGUGCUGCAGAAUGGCCACAAUGACAAGUAUCUACCGUCCCUGAGGAGUGUUCUCACGAAAUUGAAAGUAGAAAGGAUAAGCCAGGGCUAUUACAGAGCCUUCCUGCCCAUCGCAGCCCGCAACGCCCUCGGCAGCUCCCUGUAUUUUGGCAUGAAGGGGCCUGUGUGUGCCGUUGUGGCGGGACAGGGACUCUCUCCCAUGACCUCCUCAUUCGUCUCAGGAACACUGACCUCGAUGGUAAUCAGCUUGACUCUGUACCCUCUGUCUGUGCUGGUAGCAAAUAUGCAAGCACAGGUGGGAGGAGAGGUUAAGGGUGUCAUUGCAUGUUGGAGGCAGCUGUGGAAAUCUCGGAAUCAUAGCUUGGUUCUGUUGUAUCGAGGAGGGACCCUUGUUAUCCUAAGGUCAUGCAUUACGUGGGGAAUCACCACAGCUAUUUACGACAGACAACAGAAAGGAUCCUCCUGAACGUGGAUGCUGAAAGUUAUUCUGCAUCAACCCUACUUCUCAUUAAGUGCAAAUAUAAUAAAAGACUUUAUUCUUCUGAUUUAGUAGGUUUUUGAAGUCUAGGCCUUUCUUACAGAAGAAAUUCUGAUUCGUCAGAGUAAAACUCAGGUGUUCCAUAUCUCAGUUAAAAUUACUCCUGGACCUGUGACUGUGUUAGAGCCGUUAUUUGCAAGAAAGCUGAUGAUUGUUUUCACAGGAAACUGAGGUUUGAUGCAGUGGCUUACCUUUGUGCAACUUGUACAGAGAAUUAAAUGUUGAAAGUAUUUCUCAACAAAAUAGCUCUUGGAUAGGAAAGUUUAAUAGUGAAUGUUAUUUUAAUUGCAAGUGAAACAACAUUCACUUGAAAUUGAAAUUAAUGUUAUUUUACUGUUUUUUUUGUUUGUUUUUUUACACUUCCUUUAGUUUUCUGCAGUUACUCUGACUGACAAUGCUAAAUGUCUUGUUCAAGGUAUCUGUUUAUUGGUGGAGCACCAGCUCCUAGAUCCAGUUCCUGUGUAAAUAAUCAUCAGUUUCUUUGUAUUUAACCACCCAAUGCAAACAUGGUUGAUGAAACAUCAUAGAAAAUUUUUUACGUAUUUUUUUUUUUUUGUCAUUGGAGUUGUAUAAUAUUAAAAAUUGGAUUUAUUUUUGGACCAAUGUGGCUCCAACCUCUGGGAAAUCUUGAUUUGUUAUGAAUGAAUGAAAUACAAAGAAAAUUAUGUUCUGCAUGUCAAAUAUGAACUAUAUGCAACAAUGCAAACUAAUAUCAUUACUGCCAAGAAGCUUUGGUGAACAUUUCUCACGUUCCUCAAGUUUUAAGCAGAUUAUGGUGCUGGUUAAAAAAAACAACUGCCUUUGUUCUUGUUGACUUUUAUGGGAAUUUGUGCUCAUUGCAAUGCUGUUACAUAUUUGUGAAAAAUAUAGUCUGACAUUUUUACUAAUAUAAUGGUUAGCUUGAGAACACAGUCGGUGUCUUUAUUGAACAAAUGUGAUCAGAUAACCAUGCAGUAACUUAACGUCAAAUGUACAACAAAAAGCCUCUGAUUUACAAAAAAUGGGCACAUAUGGGUAACAGAAGAUCCCCCAAAAAUAAUUUGUAUCAAUGAAAAAUGAAUCAAGAGUUUACCUUUAAAUGCAUGUUGACUGGACAUCAAUUAAGACAAUGUUGCAUGCAGCGCAAUAUCAAGACACUUAUAUACAGUAUCCUGUAAGUAAUGUUAUUGUUGGUAUGAUAGCAGCUUAAGACGUGGUUUACAGGCACCCAGACAAAAACAACUUAACAGUAAAUCAUAAUGUUGUAAACCAACUGUGUCAGUUUGACCUUUUAAUUAUUUAUUGUCUUCCAGAUUGUCAAUUUAAAUUAAUCUUAAAUGAUUAAUUUUUAUGCAUUUUGUAUCAAUGGUUGUUGGUGGCUUUUUAGGUGCUGAAAACCAUUCAACUGAUUCUUGAAUA